AUGGAGAGACAUUAUUCACGUUUGGUGGUAGAAUCAUCUUACUCAGACUUGGUCAUCAAUGUGGGAAGAGUAACUCUUGGUGAAAGUAACAGAAAAAGGCUGCAGAAAGCUCAGAGAGAGAAAGAGAAGAUGAAAGUGAGCCAGGCUGCAUGUGCUUUAUUAAACUCAGGAGGAGGAGUGAUUCAACUGGAAAUGGCAAACAACGAUGAAAAUCUUGUGGAGAUGGGACUGGAUUUAGAAGAAGCUUUGAGAACACUUAUUCUGUUUUCAAAUCUGCAAGCUUUCUUCGAGACAAAGCAACAAGGGAGUUGUUACUACAUUUUUGUGAAGUCUUGGAGCAGCGACACUUUUCUUGAAAACACUUCUGUUAAGCCCCGCAUUUGUAGCCUGAGUUCUUCGUUAUACUGUAGAUCCGGCACUUCUGUGUUUCUCAUGGAUUCAGGAAAAGCAUUCCAUUUCCUGAAAACCAAGAAAACAAAUGCAAAAAGAACCUCAGGGAAAGAACCUUUUGGUGAAAUUUUCAAGGUUAUACAUCCAGACCUCCGUGACGUGGAUCCUACGUACUGUGUUUUUCAAAAAGACCAUUUUGAACAUGGUGAAGUCAUGCCUUUUCCCGAGUCUCAAUUCAUAGAGUUUAAGCAGUUCGCUACAAAACACAUUGAACAAUAUACGAAAGACACAAUUUUAGAGUAUAUCCCUGCAUUUGCGAACACUGAAGGAGGCUAUCUUGUUAUUGGCGUGGAAGAUAAAAGUAGGAAAGUUCUAGGAUGUGCUAAAGAAAAUGUUGACCGUGACUCUUUGAAAAAGAAAAUAGAAGAAGCAAUACAAAAAUUAUCUUGUGUCCAUUUUUGCCAAUCUCAAUGCCAGAUAGAUUUCACAGUCAAAAUCUUGGAUGUGUUAGCCAAGGGAGAGCUAUAUGGCUAUGCUUGUGUAAUCGGAGUGAAGCGAUUCUGUGGUGCAGUGUUCUCGGGCGUUCCCAGUUCCUGGAUGGUGAAGGGUAAGGAUGUUUGCAGCCUGACAGCUGAGGAAUGGCUAAGCAUGAUGAUGGAUACAGAUCCAGAUCUUACACAGCUGUGCAAAGACUUUGAAUCUCAGCUGAGUCUGUCUAACAGCCCUCCUCAGAGCAGACCAGUGUACUCCAAGAAAGGUCUGGAACAUAAGAAGGAGCUCCAACAACUCUUAUUUCCAGUGACAUCAGAACGUCUGAAAUACACCCCUGAAUCUCUCCAGGAGGAACUGUUCUUGCAGAAUGAAGGUUUGGAGGAAUUAAUAAAUAAGCAAAUAGACCCAGUCUCCCAGGGAAUUUUAAUCCUUUCUACAAGCUGGGCUGUGGACCUGAACUUGGAAGAGAAGCAAGGAGUCAUCUGUGAUGCUCUGCUGAUAGCGCAGAACAAGUCGCCCAUUCUCUACACCAUCCUCAGGGAGCAAGACGCAGAGGGGCAGUCCUAUUGCACUCGCACCGCCUUCACUCUGAAGCAGAAGCUGGUGAACAUGGGAGGCUACACUGGAAAUCUGUGUAUCACGACCAAGGUCCUCCACCUGAGUCCCGAGAGCAGUGCACAGUCCUCGGCGGGUUCAGGCUCUGUGAUUGAUUACCCCAGUUCCUAUCACCUCGCAGACAUUCAGCAAAUGGAAGCUUUGCUGCAGUCCCUUGUGAUCGUUUUGCUUGGCUUCCGGUCUCUCUUGAGUGACCAGCUCGGCUGUGAGGUUUUAAAUUUGCUCACAGCCAAGCAGUAUAAGAUCUUCUCAAAAAACCUCCGCAAGAGCAAAGAGUUGUUUAUCCAUGGCUUACCUGGCUCAGGGAAGACGAUCAUGGCCAUAAAGAUCAUGGAGAAGAUCAGGCACACGUUUCACUGUGAGACAAAUGAAAUUCUCUACAUUUGUGAGAACCAGCCAUUGAGGAAUUUUAUCAGGGGCAAAAAUAUCUGCCAGGCAGUGACCCGGAAGAGCUUCAUGAAACAAGACUUUAGACACAUUCAACACAUCAUCAUCGAUGAAGCUCAGAAUUUCCGCACUGAAGAUGGGGAUUGGUAUAGAAAGGCGAAAACCAUCACUCAGAGAGACGUGGAUUGCCCACGAAUUCUCUGGAUCUUUCUGGACUACUUUCAGACCAGCCACGUGGAGUGCAUUGGCCUCCCUGCUCUCUCAGCCCAGUAUCCAAGGGAAGAGCUCACCAGAGUGGUACGCAAUGCAGGUCAAAUAGCUGAAUACCUACAACAUGUAUUGCAGAAGGUCAGGAAAAAUCCUCCAUGUAACAUCCCCCAUGAGCCCCUGAAGAUGUGUCUUGAAGCUAAAUGGGCUAGGGAUGUGCAGGGAACCUUAAAUAUUAAGAGGAUCUUAACUCCGAAUGCAAUAGUGACUCAUGUGGCAGACACGUGCAAGCUUCUCUUUGAAAGGGGCUAUUCUCCCAAGGAUGUUGCUGUGCUUGUCAGCACCACAGAAGAUGUGGAGGAAUACCGGCAGAAGCUCUUGCAAGCAAUGAGGAAGAAAAGGAUAGUGUGUCUCACCGAUGCGAAUGACCUGGGGGGUGAUCACAUGGUGUUGGACAGUGUCCGAAGAUUCUCAGGUCUGGAAAGGAGCAUUGUGUUUGGGAUCCAUCCAAGCACCAUGAAGCCAGCUAUCUUACACAACAUUCUUGUCUGUCUGGCAUCAAGAGCGAAUCAAGAGCUACAUAUUCUGUGGCAGCAUAAUGUUUAA